CCUUCCUUCCGUCCUUCCUGUCCUCGCGAUCACUUCCUGGUGUUUUCAAACGGCAGCCGAGCGGUUUGCCCAACUCGUCCAAAGUUGUGGAGACACGGAGAGGACAACAUGAGCUCAGAGACGAGGACCCGGCAGCGGUGUGAAGAGUGUCCGCGGUGUGAACGUGUCCUUACGCAAUGAUUACCGGACGGUAUGUGUCUUUAACGGCUAACGGACGGCUGGAGGGACGCUGCUAGGACACAGGACACAGCGGAGGCUAGCUGCUAGCCUGUUAGCCAGCGAGCUAACACACAGUUAGCACACAGUGUAUCUGUUACUACCACAGUUAGCUUAGCAUAGUUAGCUUAGCAUCGAGUGAGCUCCGUGUGAGACGAGCUAACGUCAAGUUGAGACUACAGAGAAGAAGACAGAAGAGGACAACAUGGAGAACAAGGACAAAGUUCAGAUGAGGAGUCACCCUCGCAGACAGCUGAAGAAGCUGAGCGAGGACAGCCUCACCAAGCAGCCAGAGGAAGUGUUUGACGUCCUGGAGAAGCUGGGUGAAGGGUCGUAUGGCUGUGUGUAUAAAGCCCAUUAUAAAGAGACCGGGGAGAUUGUAGCCAUCAAACAAGUUCCUGUGGAGUCUGACCUUCAGGAGAUCAUCAAGGAAAUCUCCAUCAUGCAGCAGUGCAACAGUCCUCAUGUGGUGCGGUACUACGGCAGCUACUUCAAAAACAGUGACCUGUGGAUCGUCAUGGAAUACUGUGGAUGCGGAUCAGUUUCUGAUAUCAUCCGGUUACGUAACAAGACGAUAACGGAGGAGGAGAUAGCCACCAUCGUGCAGUCCACCCUGAAGGGUCUGGAAUAUCUUCACUUCAUGAGAAAAAUCCACAGAGACAUCAAGGCGGGAAACAUCCUGCUGAACGCAGAGGGUCAGGCCAAACUGGCCGACUUCGGAGUUGCUGGACAACUCACAGACACCAUGGCGAAGAGAAACACCGUCAUCGGCACGCCGUUCUGGAUGGCUCCAGAGGUCAUACAGGAGAUCGGCUACAACUGUGUGGCUGACAUCUGGUCUCUGGGGAUAACCGCUAUAGAGAUGGCCGAGGGGAAGCCGCCCUACGCCGACAUCCAUCCCAUGAGGGCCAUCUUCAUGAUUCCCACCAACCCUCCGCCAACGUUCAGGAACCCGGAUCUGUGGGCGCCGUCAUUUAAAGAAUUUGUCAGCCAGUGUUUGGUGAAAAACCCCGAAAAUAGGGCGACUGCCACACAGUUGUUACAGCAUCCGUUCAUCAAGUCGGCGAAGCCCAGCUCCAUCCUCAGAGCGCUGAUCACAGACGCCAUGGAGAUCAAACUGAAGAGACAAGAGGAGGCAGAACAGAGAGAGCAGGAUGCAGAAGAUGACGACAAUUCGGAUGAGGAUGAGGUGGACCAGGGGACGAUGGUGCGGGCGGGAACAGGCGACUCGGGGACCGUCCGAGUCGCCGGCUCAUUAACAGGAUCGCUCGGCGGUUCGGCUCCGACGAUGAUCGCACACGGCGACGACGAGGACACGGGAACCAUGCGGUCACAGCUGGGCACCAUGGUCAUCAACUCUGAUGACGAGGACGAGGAGGAAGCUGGUACUAUGAAAAGGAGAGACGAGACGAUGCAGCCAGCCAAGCCGUCCUUCCUCCAGUACUUUGAGCAGAAAGAGAAGGAGGCCAACAGCCACAAUGACGGAGGAGGAAGAGGAGAAAACAACGCAGACAACCGCAAACUGCCCGCCGACGGAGACCUUGAAGUGGUGAACUCGUGGUCGGUGGAGGAGCUGCGACUGCGUCUGGCCUCUCUGGACCCUCAGAUGGAGCAGGAGAUCGAGGAGAUCCGUCAGCGCUACCAGACCAAGAGGCAGCCUAUCCUCGACGCCAUCGAGGCCAAAAAACGCCGGCAGCAGAACUUCUGAGAAGGAAACACGGAUGUUUCAUCUCUGCAGCGGUUCAGUGAAACGACGGUAAAACUGUGUGAAGACUUCUGAUGAUCAAACUGAUGAAGAGGAACUUCCAACGAGCUGUUUGACACAAUAUUCACAACUUUUUUUUUUUCUCUCUUUUUGAUUUAAGAUCCAGGUUUGAGUCUUCAGGAACUUUUUUUCUGUUUCUGGUUUAAGAACGUUUGAUUUCGACGCCAUCAGCAGCUCAUCUGGACUCAGUGAUGGUUGUUACAAUCUCAUCUCUUUACUUUUUUUCACUUAAUCGUGUGGUACAAUAUCGUUUUACCUGCUGACUGCUCACCUUAGGUACUGGUGUUUCCUCUCAUCGGUGGUAAAUGCUGCUGCUGCUGCUGCUCGACUGUGAAAGUCUAGAAAUGGAUCAUUCCCUUCUUGGAAAGUUUCUCACAAAUCAAAGUUUCAAGAUCGUUCAAAAACUCUGAUAAAUGAUAAGGAACCAGAUGUUUGAAUGAUCUAAAAAGGAGAGGAGAUAACCGGAGAACAUCUGUUCUUCUCUCUAAACUUUAAACUCAACCAUGAAAACUAAAUCUCUUUAAUCCGGUACUUUAUUUACUUUUUGUAUUUUUCUACAUAUACAGCCGUGGUUGAAGUUCAUAACUCAUCAUGUUUUAGUUUUACGUCUCUCUCU